AUGGGUAAAAGUAAAAAGUCUGAAGAAGGUAUUCCAGAAGGCGACUACGAGAAAGGGAAGAAGAUUUUCAAGCAACGAUGCUUACAAUGUCAUGCAAUUGAUUCGAUGGCGUCUAAGACAGGUCCCAGCCUGAACGGAUUGAUUGGAAGGGAAUCUGGUGGCGUAGAAGGUUUUUCAUAUUCGGAAGCUAACAAGAAGAAGGGGGUAAUAUGGACACGGGAGACACUGUUCGACUAUUUGGCUGAUCCAAAGAAAUACAUUCCGGGUACAAAGAUGGUGUUUCCCGGUUUGAAGAAGCCAAAAGAACGUGCCGAUCUCAUCAAAUACAUCGAAGUCGAAAGUGCCAAAAAGCCAUCGUAA